AGGCGAGGGACGCUUUCAGGAGGACGUGGGCAGCUUUUGGUGUCCACCCCGGCUGUGCAGAGAUGGCUGCGGCGGCGCUGCUGGCUGUGGUAGAUAGGAACCAGUUGCGGCGGGUCCCUGUCCUGCUGCUGCAGCCGAGGGAAUGGGCUUGGAAACAGAGAACCAUGAAGUAUGGAACAACCCCAGGAGUUUGGGAACUGAGAAUAGCAUGCUUGUGGAGAGAAGAUCUUGGAGGCAGCACAGAAGAGGCAUUGCCAAGGUCCUCAUUGCAAACAGAGGAGAAAUUGCUUGCAGGGUGAUACGAACAGCCAAAAGAAUGGGCAUACAGUCUGUGGCUGUUUACAGUGAGGCCGACAGGAAUUCCAUGCAUGUAGAUAUGGCAGAUGAAGCAUAUUCCAUCGGCCCUGCUCCAUCUCAGCAGAGCUACCUCGCAAUGGAGAAAAUCAUUCAAGUCGCCAAGAGCUCUGCAGCACAGGCCAUCCAUCCAGGAUAUGGUUUUCUUUCAGAAAACAUGGAAUUUGCUGAACUUUGUAAGCAAGAAGGAAUUAUUUUUAUAGGUCCUCCUUCAUCUGCAAUUAGAGAUAUGGGUAUAAAGAGCACAUCCAAGUCCAUCAUGGCUGCUGCUGGAGUUCCUGUUGUGGAAGGUUACCAUGGAGAGGACCAGUCUGACCAGUGCCUGAAAGAACACGCUGGGAAAAUUGGGUACCCUGUUAUGAUCAAAGCUGUGCGAGGUGGAGGAGGAAAAGGCAUGAGGAUCAUUAGAUCAGAAAAAGAAUUCCAAGAGCAGUUAGAAUCGGCCCGCAGGGAAGCUAAGAAGUCUUUCAAUGAUGAUGCUAUGCUGGUGGAGAAGUUCGUGGACACACCAAGGCAUGUGGAAGUCCAGGUGUUUGGUGAUCACCAUGGCAAUGCAGUGUACUUGUUUGAAAGAGACUGUAGUGUGCAGAGGCGACAUCAGAAGAUAAUUGAGGAGGCCCCAGCGCCUGGUAUUAACCCUGAUGUGAGAAGAAGGCUGGGGGAGGCUGCGGUCCGGGCUGCUCAGGCUGUCAAGUAUGUGGGAGCAGGAACUGUGGAAUUCAUUAUGGACUCCAAGCACAAUUUUUAUUUCAUGGAGAUGAAUACACGACUACAGGUGGAGCAUCCUGUCACUGAGAUGAUCACUGGAACUGACUUGGUGGAAUGGCAGUUCAGGAUUGCAGCAGGAGAGAAGAUUCCCUUGAGCCAGGAAGAAAUCCCUCUGCAGGGCCACGCCUUUGAGGCGAGAAUAUAUGCAGAGGACCCUGACAAUAACUUCAUGCCAGGGGCUGGACCAUUGGUUCACCUCUCUACCCCUCAGGAAGACGUGUCCACAAGGAUUGAAACUGGAGUACGGCAAGGAGAUGAAGUCUCAAUGCAUUAUGACCCCAUGAUCGCAAAGCUCGUUGUAUGGGCCGCAGAUCGCCCAUCAGCCCUGUCGAAACUGAGGUACAGCCUUCAUCAGUACAAUAUUGUUGGCUUGCGCACCAAUGUGGACUUCCUGCUCCGGCUGUCUGGCCACCCAGAGUUCGAGGCUGGGAAUGUGCACACUGACUUCAUUCCUCAGCACCACGAGGAACUGCUGCCCACUCACAGCGUCAUAGCCAAGGAGGCUGUGUGCCAGGCAGCUCUGGGGCUCAUCCUCAAAGAGAAAGAUAUGACCAGUGCUUUCAAACUUCACACACAAGAUCAAUUCUCUCCGUUUUCAUUCAGCAGUGGGAGAAGACUGAAUAUCUCUUACACCAGGAACAUGACUUUGAGAAGAGGUAAAAGUGAUGUUGUCAUAGCUGUGACAUAUAACCAUGAUGGGUCGUAUGACAUGCAGAUUGAAAAUAAGACCUUCCGAGUCCUUGGUGAUCUUUACAGUGAGGGAGGCUGCACCUACUUGAAAUCUUCUGUUGACGGAGUAGCCAGUAAAUCCAAGUUCAUCAUCCUGGACAACACCAUCCACCUGUUUUCCAUGGAAGGCAGCAUUGAAAUUGGCAUUCCAGUACCCAAGUACUUGUCUUCAGUGAGCUCAGAAGGAACCCAGGGAGGUACCAUCGCUCCUAUGACUGGAACCAUUGAAAAGGUGUUUGUGAAAGCUGGAGACAGAGUAAAAACCGGAGACUCUUUGAUGGUUAUGAUCGCCAUGAAGAUGGAGCAUACCAUAAAAGCUCCAAAGGAUGGCAGGAUUAAAAAGGUGCUCUUCAGAGAAGGGGCCCAGGCCAACAGACAUGCACCUUUAGUGGAGUUCGAGGAGGAGUCUGACUAAUGAACUGUGCCCAUCAGAGAAAGCCAGCAGCACAGCAUCCUACCUGCCUGAUACCCCAAGUGCCUCCUGAAUCUCGAGAUCCCAGAAAGAGGAACUUUAUUCAAAUGAUGUGAUGGUACUUAAAAUCCUUCAAUACAUACAAAUUAUCUCAAAGAUUUCAUAGAAAUAAAACUCAGUUGUAUUUUUCUUUUUUUUUCUUUUUGGAAACUGUUUGCCUUAAAUCUUAUAUGUUCACUCUUUGAGGAAUAGGGUAGAGGGCAGCUUGAUGAAAUGAGAAAUUAAAAGGAAAAUGUCGUAUAAAUGAAUGGCUUUCCACUUAUCCCUGAUGACAAUACCGUAACAUUCAUGUCACAAGGCUGAACUCAAGCAAGGGUAACUUAAUUGAGUAGUUUAAGACAUGGGUGCUACUUGCUUCUAGUCCUUGUGUUUGGAAAGUUUCUUUUAGAUUCUUCUGCCUUUAUUGUACUUUCAGGGAGCCCGGGAAGCCCCAGGUGAAUGAAGUCUUGACUAAAUGUGUGCUGUUGACCUGGGCACAGCCAUGUCAACGACCUUAGCUUUAGACCCAAGGAAAAUGGCAAAGGCUCCCCCAUGCCCGAUAUUCCCCUUUGGGGAUGAGGCUAAGAGGAAUUUGAACAAGGCCUUCCACUGUUUCAUGUGCAGGUAUUGAUGGUGUGUGCAAACAUUGUCCAUCAUAGCCUUCUACCCCUGGGAUGUUUACAACCUGCUCUCCUGCAGAGACCACUCCUACCAAGAUUAGCUAAUCUGUGGCCUCCAUCCAGCUGUAUACCAUAAACCCCACCCCUUGUUUACAUGUAUGCCAUAAUCUCACAUGCUUGUUUGAUUCUGUGUAAUAAACACUCUGCACAUCCAA